UGUUCGAGUUUAUAAAAUACAGCUUACCUUUGUAGCUACCGGUUUCACAAGAAUUAGGGCAAAGUUCACUGACGUCUGAAGAGCGAGGCCUUGUCCUGUUAGGCCUUGGUAACGGGAUGGUAUUAAUCUACUGCUUCAACCCUGCUAUUUUUUACACCUUUUGAGAGGUACCAUUACUCAGAUAAUUCAGAAGGGAAACCAACCGCAAAGUGCCUUAAGAAAUACAUGUAAUUGUGAAGGCAGGCGACAGUUUUAAAAGACAGACGGCGGGUAUGUCCGACGCUGAGAAAAAUUCCGACGAAUCUGCGGAUGCUCCAGCAGACGACACAUCGAGAGAAGUUAAAAAUGAAGAAGAAGAUGAAGAGAAAGAGAAAGAACUCGACAUUGAACUGGAUGAAAAUUUGAAUCCGAUCACUACUCUUAAAGAAUUGCAAAGCAGGCUGAGGUCAGAGCACAAGAAUGUUGAAGACGGAACGCUGCUGGAGCACUAUGAGAGUAACAGGGUGGCCACCCUCAGAGAUGAAAUUAAGAAUUGUUCACACGAGCUCAAAAAAUGUAAUGUUUAUAUAAUGGCUGCAGCAGACAGCAUCUCGGCUACCCGUGAUGUGAUGGCAGAAGUGGUGCAGACGAUCACAAGUAAACUCAAGCAAGAAUUUAAACCUUUUGAACAUGGAGAUCAUCCUAUGACGAAGGAGGAAAUCUACGCCCUUGAACAAGCAACCAAGGCGCACGACACGUUCGCAGAAGCAGCGAAAGACCUUCAAAACCUUCUCGUGUUCACGGCAGAAAUCAACGAGGCGGCCUGCAAGGCGGCGGCGGCAGCGGCGGCGGCCUCCACGGAAGCAGAGGCCUACGGUGAUACUUUAGAGAAUGCCCAAAAGACACUAGAGGAGGAGGAAGAAGAAAGGCUGAAGAAAGAAGAGGAAGAGAGGAGAAUCCAGGAAGAGGAAGAAGCUGAAAGAAAGAGACAAGAGGAGGAGGAGGCAGAGAGGAAGAGAAAAGAAGAAGAAGAACGCAAAAGGCUAGAGGAAGAAGAGAAGAAAAAGAAGGAAGCCGAUCGAAAGCCCGGGGAGACAGAUGAAGAGAGAGAGCAGCGCCGUAAAGACGAAGAGGAAAAAAAGAAGAAAGAAGAAGAAAUAAAACGGAAGAAGGAAGAAGAAGAGAGGAAAGAGAGAGAAAAAAGAGAUCCCGCCAACUGGACCCCUGUCAUUUGUAACAUUGACAGUGAUGGGUUUGAGAGAGGUAUCGGCUGUAUAGUUCGAUCAAUGGGAGACGAAGUGACACAAGACAAGCUGACAAGUUCUAAAUUGGAUCUAUUAGAUCCUAAUACAUGCAUGAAGCUUGGCGAAAACGAGGAACUGGUGGGUCAUGUCCUCACGAUAGCUGUCGCUGCGGAGCAAGAAGAACAGCUAGAGUUUGAGGAGCCGAUGUGUCUGGCCGUGCCUCACUGUGCGCCCAAGAACGUCAAUUACCGCGUGGUGGUGCUGAAGGUGAAGAACGAGGACGGCAUUUGGUCAGAGGUCCAGACAUGCCGAGAUGUAGUGUUUGAGGAUUACAAGGAUAUUCGCUUCAUUGAAAUGAGCAUGAAGAGCUUCAAGUCAGUAACGUGCGCAGUUGUGACGCGCCUUAAGGACGACAAGGAAGUCAUUAACAAUCGAGGUGGCAAAGUGACGUCUUCAGUGGACUCCAGGAUUUACCUGCAGUUUGCCAAGAACGCGUUUAGAUUGUCUACGCCCGUCAGGCUGCAGGUACAGCCAAUGGACCAGUUAACUGUUAAUGACAUGAAGAGCCGCCACAAGGGGUGCGAGCAGCUGCUCUCCGCCAGCUCCAUCCUCUACCUGAGCAUGACCAACAACUUCAAUGGUGCCCCCACCGUCUCCAUCCCCGCCCCUGGGGGUCUGUCGAAGAAGCGAGCCCGGGGAAGGACCGCUGUGAGCAGAGAUAAGGGAGGACCAAAGCUGCCUGCUAGACCCUCUACUACACAUGGUCAUCAGGAAAAAGCCGAUGAAGAGAACGAAGACGUCCUCCACCUGUUGAUCCAAGGCAAGGGUAACGCCUGGGUGAGGGUGCCUGGGGUGGAGUUCACGCCAGGCAGGGGGGACGUGGUGACCUUCCCUCUGGAAACGCAAACGUCCAGAAAGCUGGAAAGAUCCAUGGUUGGGGUAAAAGAUGAAGGUGGCGAAAUACUACGUCUUGUGGCUGUUCAGGACUUGACUUCUCAUUACUUGAUUUCUACGUCCGAUCAUCCUAUGACGAAGGAGGAAAUCCACGCCCUUGAACAAGCAACCAAGGCGCACGACACGUUCGCAGAAGCAGCGAAAGACCUUCAAAACCUUCUCGUGUUCACGGCAGAAAUCAACGAGGCGGCCUGCAAGGCGGCGGCGGCAGCGGCGGCGGCCUCCACGGAAGCAGAGGCCUACGGUGAUACUUUAGAGAGUGCCCAAAAGACACUAGAGGAGGAGGAAGAAGAAAGGCUGAAGAAAGAAGAGGAAGAGAGGAGAAUCCAGGAAGAGGAAGAAGCUGAAAGAAAGAGACAAGAGGAGGAGGAGGCAGAGAGGAAGAGAAAAGAAGAAGAAAAACGCAAAAGGCUAGAGGAAGAAGAGAAGAAAAAGAAGGAAGCCGAUCGAAAGCCCGGGGAGACAGAUGAAGAGAGAGAGCAGCGCCGUAAAGACGAAGAGGAAAAAAAGAAGAAAGAAGAAGAAAUAAAACGGAAGAAGGAAGAAGAAGAGAGGAAAGAGAGAGAAAAAAGAGAUCCCGCCAACUGGACCCCUGUCAUUUGUAACAUUGACAGUGAUGGGUUUGAGAGAGGUAUCGGCUGUAUAGUUCGAUCAAUGGGAGACGAAGUGACACAAGACAAGCUGGCAAGUUCUAAAUUGGAUCUAUUAGAUCCUAAUACAUGCAUGAAGCUUGGCGAAAACGAGGAACUGGUGGGUCAUGUUCUCACGAUAGCUGUCGCUGCGGAGCAAGAAGAACAGCUAGAGUUUGAGGAGCCGAUGUGUCUGGCCGUGCCUCACUGUGCGCCCAAGAACGUCAAUUACCGCGUGGUGGUGCUGAAGGUGAAGAACGAGGACGGCAUUUGGUCAGAGGUCCAGACAUGCCGAGAUGUAGUGUUUGAGGAUUACAAGGAUAUUCGCUUCAUUGAAAUGAGCAUGAAGAGCUUCAAGUCAGUAACGUGCGCAGUUGUGACGCGCCUUAAGGACGACAAGGAAGUCAUUAACAAUCGAGGUGGCAAAGUGACGUCAUCAGUGGACUCCAGGAUUUACCUGCAGUUUGCCAAGAACGCGUUUAGAUUGUCUACGCCCGUCAGGCUGCAGGUACAGCCAAUGGACCAGUUAACUGUUAAUGACAUGAAGAGCCGCCACAAGGGGUGCGAGCAGCUGCUCUCCGCCAGCUCCAUCCUCUACCUGAGCAUGACCAACAACUUCAGUGGUGCCCCCACCGUCUCCAUCCCCGCCCCUGGGGGUCUGUCGAAGAAGCGAGCCCGGGGAAGGACCGCUGUGAGCAGAGAUAAGGGAGGACCAAAGCUGCCUGCUAGACCGUCUACUACACAUGGUCAUCAGGAAAAAGCCGAUGAAGAGAACGAAGACGUCCUCCACCUGUUGAUCCAAGGCAAGGGUAACGCCUGGGUGAGGGUGCCUGGGGUGGAGUUCACGCCAGGCAGGGGGGACGUGGUGACCUUCCCUCUGGAAACGCAAACGUCCAGGAUAUUAGUGUUGAAAACCAAGAGCACGGCAGAGGCAGCACAUAUAGCAGCCAUACCCAACAUAGUCGACACCUAUCUACAGGAGCGGGUGGUCAAGUUCUUAUUUCGACAGAAGGAAGCUGACCCCAGCAUGGCCGUGGUGGACUGCGUCAGGGCAGACAAGUGUGAAAAAUCAAGCGACUAUUACAAGACAGAGGGAUAUGGUUAUGGCCCAGUGCCCAGUAAAGAUAUUAUUCUUCACGAAGGUCAGGAGGUGAAGGUCACCUUUCGAGGGAAUCUCCAGUUCGAAGGCGACUCGCACCUGAAGUUUGUGUUCAAUUCCAAUUUGGACAGCGCCCGCACGCAGGCAGUUUUGGUCCACAAAGACUUCUAUGCCCAGAAGGGUUUUGACUCGUACAUGGGCCACGCCCAGUUCUGGACUGACGUCACGGGGGAUGAGAACCACAACGAGGUCAUGUUGUGUGAAAUGUGUGUCAAGAUACCCAAGCCCCCACCUCAAAACCCACAACCACUGAACCGUGUGCCAUUGCAGAUGCAGGCGGCGGGAAUAUUAACCACGGAAACCAUGCAACACGUCGCUAAACAGAUCGGAGAGGACUGGGAAGCUUUGGCUGCGCACCUACAUCUAAAGAAGGCAACCAUCCAGCAGAUUAAGCGAGAAAACUAUGACGCAGACUCGGAUAAACUGGCCUAUGGCGCGCUGCAACAUUGGUACAAACACGCAAACAGAGGCGCGGACAAGGUUAAAAAGCUAUGCGAAGCCCUCGAAAACUGCAGUCACAGUGAGCUGGCGGCGGAACUGCUCGAGAAAGAAGAGCGGUAUAAACUUGCACAGAAUAGGAAGGUCGAAGAGGCUAAUCUACGCAAAGCUUACACUAGUAUAACCCAUAGCAAUACAGUCAUAAAUGAAUGGAAAAUGCUAGCGAGAGAGCUGGGGGUGCCGGAGUCCGACAUCAGUGCCAUAGAGAGUGACCACGGCAACAGUCUGAAGGAGCAAUGUUACCAGAGUUUACUCAAGUGGCAAGAGAUCAAAGGACACGAUGCGACUCUCAGGGCGUUGAUCGACGUCCUUCGUGAAUGUCAGUAUAAGAACGUGGCAGAUCAGUUACAAGGAAGAUUCAACGUCCAGCCGCUAGCGGAAGUAGAGGAAGAAUGAUCCCCCAAUAGGCGGAGCUGUUUGCCAUAAACAUUUUUUUCAAAAAAUGAACUAUAAUUCCAUACCUGCAAACGGUUAAAAGAUCAAAAUUACUGAUAAAUACUUUCAUUUGCAUGAAAAAACGCAUGCCCCGUCAUGAGGUAUUUUUCUCGUUUUGGAGAUGUCAAAUCUCACUGUGCUACACUAAUAUUGCCCAAGCCUUAAUACUUUGAUAACUAAAAUUCUUUCUUAAUCAAAUUUUCACUAGUACAAAGAUUUAAAUUAAGGUGGCUUUUGUUGUUAACUCUGUGUCAUGUUGUCAGUGAAGUGGCCUCCGUCCUGUAUUGACUAACCCGCAUGUGAUCUCUGUAUAGCGAAUGUAAGCGUGUAUAUAUAGAACUAGUCAGGUUUGAAAUAAAAACGCCAAACGUUCA